AUGGCUUCGGUGGAUCCAGCGCAUUCAAGGCUGCACACCGUGGAAGAGCAUGUGAUUAUUCAUGAUGACCCGAUUGAUGACGAUGAGGAGCAUGAGGAGGAUGAUGCGGAGAUGGACCCUUCCGUAAGGGCGUGCUUGGAACACCAGCGCAAAGUUGACGAGUUCUUGUCUCCGCUUUGUCUUGAUGAAGCCGUCCUAUAUAAGCUGGCCCGCCGACUGUCAAGCGUAUACCGAAAGCUAGCCUUAGAAUCAGACCAGCAGUUCCUCCCAACCCCCGUUUCGAAGCUACCCAGCGGCCUGGAGACUGGCCGCUACCUAGCCAUUGAUGUCGGUGGAAGUAAUCUACGAGUUGCCUUUAUUGAACUACUCGGCGAUACGGCAGAUCCGGAUAUGGCUCGCACAUCCGCGUCUGAGCGGCCACUCAAGAAGGCACAGACACAGCGCGUGAAGAGGACCCUUGAGAAGGCAUGGCCAAUCCAGGAACAUCUGAAGAUGGACAAAGCAGAGGACCUUUUUGCGUGGAUCGGAGAUUGUAUUGCGGAGGUAGUGGCUGAGAGCCUAAGUUCGGAUGCGACAAAAAAUGCGGUCCCUGAAGAGCUGGAGAUGGGCAUCACUUUCAGUUUCCCGAUGAUGCAAGAAUCUCUUGCCGAAGCUACACUCAUGCCGAUGGGCAAAGGGUUCGCCAUUACGUCGGAUCUCAAUCUUCGAAAUAUACUACUCAGUGGUUACGAAAGACACACAAGACGCCCUGAUGAUGAGGACCAGCCGUCAACGAAACGUCGGAAGCUUUAUGCUUUGCCGAAGCUGAAGAUUUCUGCCAUUACCAACGACGCGGUAGCCACUCUCGCAUCACUUGCAUAUGCGGUGAAAUCUCUACCCAACAGCCGCGUUGCCAUGGGUCUCAUUGUAGGCACGGGGUGCAAUGCCACAAUACCAAUGAAGCUCAGCGCCUUACAUGAAGACAAGGUAAAGCAUGUGAGGCGGAGCGAUCCUGAAACCUCGGGUAUAAUAGUCAACACCGAAUGGACGAUAUAUGGUGUCUUGCCUCCACUUAAGGAGCUGAACAUAAUCACCAAAUGGGAUGCUGAGUUGGAUGCAAGCAGUGCACGCCCGGGCUUCCAACCGUUCGAGUAUAUGACGGGCGGUAGAUAUAUUGGGGAACUCAUCCGGCUUAUUUUUACUGACUACUUGAUCAACGUUGCUGGAGUGUCCACGGCUGCAUUACCUGCAACACUUACUCAGGGAUACGCCUUGACGACAUCUUACAUAUCGGACAAGGUUGCGCGUGCCCGCUCAGACGAGGAACUCACAGAUGAGCUGGCUCACUCAUUACCUCCACCAAGUGAUACGUGGCAGUGGGAUGCUACAUCUGCAGGAGUCUUACGAACAGUUGCCCGAACUGUACAAAGGCGAUCUGCAGGGUUGGUAGCUGCUGCAGUCGUCGGUCUAUUAGCAUGCGCAGGAGAGAUAGAAUUAAGGUUGGACAGCCCUCAAGGCUCACCGCAAGACUCGCAUGCUGCUUCGCCUGAGCGCGACAGCAUCACGACCCUUUCCGCUCAGCUCAAAUCUGAGGGGUCGGCUUCAAAUGGAUUCCGGGGGCCGAUAGUUCCUAUAAUUUCGCCUACACCUGCGGAUUGGCAGUCUGGUCCAGAGGAGCUUGUCGUCGCCUGCACUGGUGGCAUAAUCCAGCACUACCCCAACUUCAAAGAGAUGUGCCAGCAGACUAUCGACCGGCUUAUUAUGCGUACUGGGCCUCAGAAGAGCGGGAAGUCGGUCUUUUUGCGUGAAGCAUCAGAUGGCGGUGUUAUUGGCGCCGGUGUUCUCGCAGGGAUGGUCGGAAAUCGUUGA